AUUGUAUUGCAUUUGUUGUACAAAACAAGAGGUCUUUAAUUCAUUGAUUGUCUAAAUAUUAAUAAUUAAAUAAUAAGUGAAUUAAACAUCAAAGACAUGGCGAGUGUUUCGAUGGAUAAAACCGAUGACACGAUUGAGGUGUUGAGCGAAGACGUGCUGCGGAUGUCGACCGACGAAGUGGUCGGACGGACACGACUUCUGGACAACGAGAUCAAGAUUAUGAGGAGUGAAGUGUUGAGAAUCAGUCAUGAAUUGUCGGCACAAAAGGACAAAAUCAAAGAAAACACGGAAAAGAUUAAAGUGAAUAAAACUCUGCCGUAUUUGGUCUCCAAUGUCAUCGAACUCUUAGACAUUGAUCCGGAAGAGUUGGGCGAAGAGGACGGCGCCAACGUUGACCUCGACUCUCAACGGAAGGGCAAAUCGGCUGUCAUUAAGACAUCCACUCGACAGACAUAUUUCCUACCGGUUAUCGGUUUAGUGGACGCCGAGAAACUAAAACCCGGAGAUCUGGUCGGCGUUAACAAAGACUCGUAUCUCAUAUUAGAGACAUUGCCGGCUGAAUAUGACUCUCGAGUGAAAGCUAUGGAAGUGGACGAGAGGCCGACCGAGCAGUACAACGAUAUCGGAGGUCUCGACAAACAAAUUCAAGAACUCAUUGAAGCGGUGGUUCUGCCGAUGACUCAUAAGGAGAAGUUUGUGAAUCUGGGAAUACAGCCCCCGAAAGGAGUGCUUCUAUACGGCCCGCCGGGCACUGGGAAGACACUGAUGGCGAGGGCGUGCGCCGCACAGACGAAGUCGACAUUCUUGAAGUUAGCCGGACCUCAAUUGGUGCAGAUGUUUAUCGGCGACGGAGCAAAGCUG